UGCUGCUGCCGCCGCCUCUCCGCGCCGGGCCCCCGCCGCCGCCGCAACCCUGCGGGAGAUGGAACAGCGGAACCGGCUCGGCGCCCUCGGAUACCUGCCGCCUCUGCUGCUUCACGGCCUGCUGCUCUUCGUCGCCGACGCAACAUUCACCGAAGUCCCCAAAGAUGUAACCGUGCGGGAGGGAGACGAUAUCGAAAUGCCCUGCGCGUUCCGGGCCAGCGGAGCCACCUCAUACUCGCUGGAGAUUCAGUGGUGGUACCUUAAGGAGCCUCCCCGGGAGCUGUUACACGAGCUGGCACUCAGCGUGCCAGGAGCCCGGAGCAAGGUAACAAAUAAGGAUGCAACUAAAAUCAGCACCGUGCGUGUCCAGGGCAAUGACAUCUCGCACCGCCUUCGGUUGUCUGCUGUACGACUGCAGGACGAAGGAGUUUAUGAGUGUCGUGUGUCGGACUACAGCGACGACGACACUCAGGAACACAAGGCCCAGGCGUUGCUGCGCGUGCUGUCUCGGUUCGCACCGCCCAACAUGCAGGCUGCUGAAGCAGUGUCCCACAUCCAGAGCAGUGGCCCGCGGCGACACGGAGCCCCCAGCGCUGUCAGCUCCAGCAAUGCAGGUGCUGCUGUCCGCACCACCUCUGAACCCGGGUACAGCGACAAGAACCCACCUCCCGGGAGCCCUCCCUCUAGACCAGAAGUUCCGGAGGCAGCCGCGGCUGCUGCUGCCGCCUCUGAGACCCACACAAUCACCACCACUGCUGCAGCAGCUGCUGCUGCUUCAUCAGCUUCAUCACCAUCAGACCAGGCUUUCCUUCUGCGCCAGAGGCACGGUUCCGGGAGCAUGGGGACUGGAGGUGUGGCAGCGUGGAAGCAGACAUGGUGCUGGAGAAGUCUACAUCUUGAUCCAAAGGCAACAGGAAGUGAACUGAGGUACCGGCCCUGCCUACAGCACAGACCCUCUGCUGUCGCUGCUCUUGUUAGCGCUGCAUAGGUUCCUGCACCCAUUGCUGGGACACUGACAGCCAUAAAAUUUCGGCAGCCACGCGGGGGAGGACCUUGCCACAUGGACACAAGGACCAAGGGAAGCAUGAAGAAGUCCAUGCAGAAAUAAAUAAAUCUUAUUUUUUGGGGAAGUAACACAAAUUUAGAAGACUUAAAGUAACGCAUCAAGUUUCCAGAUAGGAUAGAGCGAAGGCCGUGCAGUCUGCAUGGGGCGCUGAGCUCUCCACGGCAACGUCCAGUUUCUGUUUCUUUCCUUCACGUGCCCUCCGAGUCUUCAUUUUGCACGAACUGUUGAACAGGUACUUUGAGGAUAAUAUGUAAAAAAAAAAAAAAAAAAAAAAAAAGUCGGGUCAAAGCCUUUCUGACAAAGUAAAAUAUUUUUAGGAGAUUAUUGUGUUUAGAAAUUUUUUUUGAAUUUACUUUUUCUUUGGGGGCUUUUCUUUAUUAAAUUAUUUCUUUGGAGACAUUUUGAUUAAAAAAAAACACCAUAAUUAAAACUCACUGUCAAUAAUAUUUAUUUUUAAAUAAAGAUUGGAAACAAGGGUAUAGUUGUUU